ACAACCCCCUCCAUACCAUACGAUUCAAACGGUUUAACAAGCAAUGUGUAUACCAUUUUAGCCUCUUAUCUGUGUAACUUUCAUGUAAUAAGCUGGAAGCAGUUCAUUAAUGUGAUGCGCGUUCUUAUUUUUUCGAUUAAUGUUGCCUGGGCUUUACAUCGAUGGACGCUUCUAGUCAAUGGGUUGAUUAGUAAUGCCUGGGCUUUUCAUAGAAACGCCUUCCUGCCAGAGCUGCUGCGUUCGCCGCCGGUGGAGUGGUGUGUCCGUGUGUGCUUCUACGUUUUUUUAAUAUAUAUACUUCGUUUAAAUUUAAUAUUUCAAUCAUCAAUAAUGGGUAAGAAAGAAGAGGAAGAGAUCAUCCGGAUCGCAAAGAAGAUGGAUAAAAUGGCACAGAAGAAGAACGGGGUUGGUGCACUGGACUUACUAAAGGAACUAAAGAAUAUACCCAUGACCCUGGAGCUUCUGCAGUCCACGAGGAUCGGGAUGUCGGUCAAUGCCAUCCGCAAGCAGAGCACAGACGAUGAAGUGACCUCACUGGCCAAGUCCUUGAUCAAGUCCUGGAAGAAGUUGCUGGAUGAACCUGCUGCGGAUAAGAGCUCGGAGGAGAAAAAGAAGGAACGCACAACACCAGUGGUCUCGCCAUCUCAAGCCAGCCCGGAGCCCAGAGAGGAGAGCUCAAGCAGUAAUUCUAGCAGUAAGAGCGAGUCUGCCGAUGUUACACCCAACACGUUGAUAGCCACUUUCCCACGAGCACCAGGCACAUCUGACUCAGUCCGUAUCAAGUGCAGGGAGAUGUUGUCAAGUGCUUUGCAAACAGGAGAUGAUCACAUUGCGAUUGGUGCUGAUUGUGAUGAGCUUGGAGCUCAGAUUGAAGAAUGUAUUUUUUCGGAGUUCAAAAAUACUGAUAUGAAAUAUAAGAAUCGCGUACGAAGCCGAAUCUCCAAUCUUAAGGAUGCAAAGAAUCCCAACCUGAGAAGGAACGUGCUGUGUGGGAAUGUGAGCCCAGACCGCAUAGCGAAAAUGACAGCGGAGGAAAUGGCAAGCGAUGAGUUGAAGGAGAUGCGUAAGAAUCUGACCAAAGAGGCCAUCAGGGAUCACCAGGUGGCCACUUCUGGGGGCACCCAGACUGACCUGUUCACUUGCGGGAAGUGCAAAAAGAAGAAGUGUACAUACACCCAGGUUCAAACUCGAAGUGCUGAUGAACCGAUGACAACAUUCGUCUUCUGCAAUGAAUGUGGAAAUAGGUGGAAGUUCUGCUGAAGUUGGGGGUUGUUCUCUUUGUUUGGAGAUGUAGCUAAAUUCCAGGACCACGUUUCUGUAUCAUUGACGACAAUUCAAUGGCGCACCUGAUGUACAAAGGCCACAAUAGAUCCCAUCAUCUGUUUGUUUCAUUAUAAUGGUCCACAAACUCAUGUCCUGUGUUUUAACUUGACGUAUAGCUAGGCCAUAGGCCUUUGGACUAUGAUCAAUGUUGUCGGAUUUCUGUUUUCUUUACCAUCACUUUUUAUAUACGUAGAUAAACAUUUUGACAACGUUCAUAUUUAGAUAGUUUUGCUUUGCCCUAAUGAAAACUAGUCAAAACUAUUUAAUUUUCCUUGACAAACCUACCCAUUUUUAAAUAAAAUGCUUUUAGCGUAUAUUUGCUUUUGGUAAUGGCUCAAGAUUUUUUUUUUUACCUUGUUCAUUUGGAAGAUACUUUGAGUCUCUUUGUCACUCUUAUAAAUAUUUAUAUGCAUGAUCUUCAAAUUUUUACUGUGUACAUGGCUUUUACUUUCAGGAGUAAAAUGUUUUAAAGAUUGA